GCCGAACGGUACACUAGAGACCAAAGUUGGUCCAUGGUUUUGACCAAUAACAUUUGAGCAACUGACUCUGUUGAUUGGUCCGCUCAAAUUUGAACCGCUAGCAUGCCGCUAGUUUGCGGCGACGUUGUCCCGUUUUGACGUGCGAGAAUGCGUACUCUGGCUGGGUCGGGUGGAUCCCUAUUCUGUCAGCUGUGAGCCAAAGUUGGUUCUUUAUUCUAUGUGCGAGCCUGCAGCCUGUUGCUUUCAGGCGGCGAAGGCUGUCUAAAGUCGCUGUGCUUAGCAGUAGCACUAGUUAGGCCGUCUGGUAAAGCUAGUGCUUGCUAGCUUGCCUUUUCCCAAUGUCUUUUCCGAAAGCGCCCCGCUUCCCUGGCAGCACCGAUGAUGUGCCACCAGUAGGUUCCUACAACCCAGCUCUAGAAGGUCGCACACCUACGCCCAAGUUUUCCUCAGCUACACGAUUUCGCGACAACCAUGCGGGUAGUUUUUCAACACCUGGUGGUUCCUUUCGUAUGCCCCCAAUUCCGUUGCACGCUUCCAAGGAACUCUUGAAACGCAGACUGUCAGAAAUGGCUGAACAUUUGGAGGAGAGGGACAUGCUGAUAGGGCAGCUACGAGUGAGCAAGGGGAAGCUCGCCACCCGUGUGAGCCAACUGGAGCAACUUCUCCGAGGCCUUUCACGAAAGGUGUCAGCCCAAAGCAAAAUGUUAGGUGCGAGGAAACCAAAAAGCUGCGAGGCUUCAAUGACAAGUCGACAAGAUAUAGAAGAAACUCAAGCUCUCUUGAAAGAACUACGUGAAACUGACAUGGCAGAAGAGGCCUUUUGUGAAGUUCGGCUAUCAAAAGGAACUCAAGAACUGAAGGAGGAGCUCAGUGACAUGAUUGACGAGAUGAAUGCUGAUGAUGCCAAGGCCAGCAGCACAGAUAUCGUGGAGGCGUAUGACCAAGAAAAUGCAAGUUUCAAGGCCAAAAUUUUUCUCCUUGAAGAAGAACUUAAGGCUUUGAGGGACAUGCUGGCCAGUAUCACAACCGAAAAAGAAGAAAUGGAGGAAAAUGUGGCAAAAAUUUGCACAGAAAAGUCAUCCCUGCGAGGAAUAAUAAAAGAUAUUGAGGCCAAGUGUAGUGAGCUUCACCAACAAGUACUUUGUCACAAAAAGCAAUGUGCUGCCAAGCAAGCGGAAAUAGAACAAUUUGUUUGUGAAAAUGAAGUGCUGAAAAACAAAGCCCAGUCAUUUGCUGAUUGCCAGCAAGAGCUGAAUGCAAUCUUGGACCGUGUGAAGGCAGAAAAGCAUGAACUCAAGAAGAAGGUGGCAGAAACUUGCAAAGAAAAUUCUUCUCUGAAAGCAAGCAUUGAAAACCUCGAGGCCAAACAUACUGAGCUUCAUCACAAGCUUGUAUGCCAGGAAAACGAAAACACUGCCAAGGGCACACAAAUCGAACAAUUGGUCCUUGAAAAUGAAGUGCUGAAAAACAAAGCACAGUCGCUUGCUGAUUGCAAGCAAGAGCUGAACGCAAUCUUGGACGAUGUGAAGGCAGAAAAGCAUGAACUCGAGGAGAAGGUGGCAGCAACUUGCAAAGAGAAUUCUUCUCUGAAAGCAAGCAUUGAAAACCUCGAGGCCAAGCAUACUGAGCUUUAUCACAAGCUUGUAUGCCAGGAAAGAGAAAACACUGCCAAGGGCACACAAGUCGAACAGUUGGUCCUUGAAAAUGAUGUGCUGAAAAACAAAGCCCAGUCACUUGCUGAUUGCCAGCAAGAGCUGAAUGCAAUCUUGGACCAUGUGAAGGCAGAGAAGCAUGAACUUGAGGAGAAGGUGGCAGAAACUUGCAAAAAGAAUUCUUAUCUGAAAGCAUGCAUUGAAAACCUCGAGGCCAAGCAUACUGAGCUUCAUCACAAGCUUGUAUGCCAGGAAAACGAAAACACUGCCAAGGGAAAACAAAUCGAACAAUUGGUCCUUGAAAAUGAAGUGCUGAAAAACAAAGCACAGUCACUUACUGAUUGCAAGCAAGAGCUGAAUGCAAUCUUGGACCGUGUGAAGGCAGAAAAGCACGAAUUUGAGGAGAAGGUUGCUGAAACUUGCAAAGAGAAUUCUGCUCUGAAAACAAGCAUUGAAAACCUUGAGGCCAAGCAUACUGAGCUUCAUCACGAGCUUUUAUGCCAGAAAAAAGAAAACACUGCCAAGGGCACACAAAUCGAACAAUUGGUCCUUGAAAAUGAAGUGCUGCAAAACAAAGCACAGUCACUUGCUGACUACAAACAAGAGCUUAUUGCCCUGAAUGAUGAACUUGCCCAAGUGAAAUUUGAAAAAGAGGAAGGGGAGAAGAGGUUGGCAGAGCUGCACAUAGAGAAGACAACUGUAGAGAGAAGCCUAGAAGAUCUUGCAAGCAACUUCCAUAAGCUUCAUCAGGAAGUUGUGCAACAUCAGGAGGAGAAAGUGAUUCUCAACAUGAAAAUGGAGGAAAUUGAGAAACAAAAUGAAGUUCUCAAAGCAAAUGUUCAGAUUCUUGAAGAUUUAAAAAGCAAAUGGGAACAUCAGCAUUUGCUCUUAACAGACUGCAUUGAAGAUCUUCAAUCUAAACUUGAUGAAGCACACUGUGAGGAAGCUGAGCUUAAGUCUUCAGUGACUCUUUUGCAUCAUGAAAUUUCCAUUCAUGAGCAGUUAAAGCAGGACAUGCUAAAGGAACUUGAAGACUUUGGGGAUAUACUGACCCUCAAUACAAGCUUGGAAGAAAGACUCACUUCAGCACUUGUUGAAGUUGACAGCCUUCGUAGCAGGAACAGUGAAUUUGCCAAGAAAAUGUCUGCUCUGGAGGAUGCAAACAGGGUAGCACAAAACAAUAUUUCUGAACUGCUGAAAGAAAGAAAACAACUUGAAGAAAGUAUUAAGUCGUGCCAGAAUAUCAGGAACGGAAUUGAAGUUAAGCUCUCGGAUGCCACACGCAACCUUAAUAGUUGGAAGGAAAAGGCUGAAGUUUUGUCCUGUGAAAAUCGUCGCCGAGAUGAAGAACUGACCAACUGCACUCAGCAACUCGAAGCUGCUGUGCUCCGUGCUGACAAGUACAAAUGUGUAUGCAGUGAACUUGACAGGCAGAGGAGGGAGCUGCGUGACCAAUUGAAGCAGCUGUCAGAAGAACUAGCACAAGUCAAAGAUGAGAUGCAGGUGGCUGCAGAAUUUUACGAGGUGAUGGUGUCUAGGCUAUCGUGGUGGCUGUCUUUAGAGCACUUUCUUUCUUCCAGUUGGGACACUCACGCAAGGCAAAUGAACAACUUGACUGAGCAGCUCAACUCCAUGGCAGCUGAAGCUGAGAGAUGGAAGGCAAGCUUCGAGGCUCUGCAGAUGAGAGUUUCACCGUUCCAGGAGCAGCUAGAGCUGUACGAGCUGGAGAAGCAGCUUCUCGAGAGGAGAAACGAGGCAACAGAGAGCGAGCUGGCCAAGUUGCACGGGAAGGUGUCCGAAAUGAUGGGUCACCAGAAUCACAAGCAAAAGAUCCGCUAUCUGAGCAAGCUUCUGAAAGAGCGGGAUGAAUAUAAGAAGGAGCUGUACGCCCUCCGCCAGAAGACAUUGAAGCAGACGAAAGAAAUUGCUAGACUUGAAGUGCAACUGAGCCAAAAACUGAAACAAGGGCAAAAAAGUCUGUUUGACCAGUCAGCAAAAGAGAAUGUGCUCCCAAAGCCACCCAUGUAGAUUAUAUUUGUCAGUGCAUUGGAAAGGUUUUAUAUCAUGUAGACAUUUUCAAAUGCAGUGGAAUGGACUAUAUUUUAGUUCUCAAUUCAUGAAAUCACCAUGGUCAUCAGCUCAUCCCCUUUUAGUAUACUGUAAAUGAGUGCAUGAAUAAAAGAAAAAUGAGCACUUGAGUGAAA